GACUUCAUGUGUCACCCAAUGCGCCGGCGGACGAUGUCUUUGGCACGGUCCUGGGCCCGGGUGAUUCCUUCAUGUAUGACUACAAGCUCAUCGCAGAUCAUUCUCCCGGUACUUAUUGGGCGCACCCUCAUCAUCACGGAUCCAACGUCAUGCAGGCGGGUGCUGGAGCUGCGUCCGUGCUUUUGGUGCAGGAUCCACCAGGCUUCCUCUCAGCUCAGCUGGAGACAUUGCCAGAUCACAGUUUGAUGUUGCAGAACUUGCCUCUGCCGCUCUUGACGGCAGCUGCGAAGGCAUCUGGCGACCAGCUCUUCCAGAGCUCACCACCAGAAGACCUCUGGCUGGUGAACGGCGCAGUGCAGCCCGUUCUUACCGUAUCCUCAACCCAGUGGCACCGCUUGCGCUUGGUAAUGGCCGGUGUCUCUGAUUGGCUUUUCUUGGACUUUGGAAGCUGCGAGACCGCGCUGCUCGCAAAAGACGGCAUUUACAUUGAUGACUUCCCACGCUGGAUUACCCGCGUGUCCCUGCCCCCUGGUGGACGAGCAGAUCUAGUCGUACGCUGUCCAGGUAGUGAGGAAGGUACCAAUCAUGCCAUAGCUUCUUUGGCCAGUCCCGGAAAUGGGGUGAAGUCCUACGUGGGUCCCCUGUUUUCCAUCCGCUCUGUCGAGUCGCAGGGAUCCAGAAAAGAGGACUUGGCCCCCUGGCAUCCUCGUAGCCGGCCGACGUAUUUGCAGGACCUCAGCGGUGGCCUGACGAGCCCGGAUUGCAGCUGCAAGACUCCGCUGGGACAGGGGGUUCACACUCGUUGGAUUGAUGGCCACCUCUUCGAAGGUGCCAAGAAAUACUUGCAUCAGUGGCCACGCGACGCUGUUGUGCAGCGAGAGAUUUCAGGGAUUGACAAGCACAGCUUUCACCAGCACACAUGGCCUUUUCAACUGCAGAACACGCCUGCCGGCAACGACCCUUACUUCAAGGCCGGCGACUGGCAUGACACUUACCAGAACGUUCUUGACUCUAAGGCUACUGUCCGCUUCAGCACAGUCGAUUUUGCUGGACCGGAAGUGGUGCAUUGCCAUGCUCUCGCACAUUCGGAUCAGGGGAUGAUCGGAGCGGAGAUCGUCGCAGGACGGGGUCGGGACGCUUGCCAUUGUGACCUCCUCGGAGAGGCGCGUCCAGUGGAUUUCCGGGCAGACGAACGAAGCCAAAGCCUGCUCCUAGUGGCCGGCCUGCUGUUCAUGGCGAUGUCCCUGCUACUGCUGGGAAUGCUUCGACAGGUCGUCCGCUCGGCUCGAUCACUGUCGGAUGCAUACAGCACCCUUCCGGACGGGCCUGAAAGUGCCUGA